GCUUUCCUCUAUUACGUAAAUGGAAAAGAGAAGCAAGAAACGGACAUAAUCUGUGUAGCUGGCUACAGCUGGAUAGAGUAACCGGGAGAGCACGUCCUCUCACUACUGACAGAAUUUGCGUAUCGUGUAAAAUUUGCUCUGAAAAGAAGACCCCCCGCCCCGGGGAGCUGGCUGAAUAGACAGUACACACGGCACCAUAGAUCUCUGUGCACCGCCGCCCUGUUCUGAUGAUCGUUUUCGCUGUUCCAGGGAACAUCAUAUGUGAUCUGUUUUUUUCCAGGCAGGCUGAUUCCGAAAGAGAGAGAGGAACAAACUGGAGCAGCUCACCUCAGCCCUCAGGGACUCACCCAAGGGAAGAGAAGACAGUCGGCAAAGAACAAGCCUGAUAUUCUGAGCCUGUGGAUGUAUUGUGUGUCCAGCCUCAUUUCUGAUUUAUUGUAUACACUUGCAGCUUCCUUUUUUUUUUCCUGAUUUCAGUGAGCUUGUUUUUGAGUCUAUAGUACUGCGGGAUAAUAGAUAUGUUUACUUAAUUGCUAAUCAGUCUAUGACAGUCUUUUGACUGUUACCAGAAGGAGCCUGUAGGACGGUGAGGGGAUUUUUCAGUUUCUCUUUCCCUUCUAUCAGACUCAUUCUGAAAAUUAUCUUUGUCUUUUGUUUUACUGCUUGUUCCUUGUACGGUGCAGAAGGAAGUUUAUGACUGUAUGACUGGAACUAUCCACAGCUGUUGAUAACUGGAAUUUGUUUAUUUGAAACUUUUUUUUUUUUUUUUUUUUAUCCUAGAGUACUUAUACACUCUUAAGGAAGUAGGCUUUGUUGGUCUGACCUCAACAAUAAGAGACCAUUAGAAUCUACCUUUUUAGAAUUUGUCCCAACCCCCAUCAGACUAAUAAGGAUAAAAGCUAAGGGACUCUCUUAGGCCAUCCCUGUGCAAUGGGAUCAGAAAAAGACUCUGAAUCGCCCCAUUCUUCUGUCAGUGGCAUUGCCAAUCCUAAAUGUCGUGGACCAGGCAAGAAGCAGGGCAGAAUCUCCUUCUCCAGCCUCUUCCACAGUAAACGGGGCUCCAGGGGAAGCAAGACCAGCGUUGGCACACCAUUAGCCCAGCAACUUCACCAGCAGCAGCAACAGCAGCAGCUCCUGCAGCCUCCCACACCCACAGCCACCUCCCCAGACGCCCCCACCGCCGACCCAGCUGAGCCUGCUUCGCCCGUCGGGCCGGAGCUACUUGAAUGCCCGCUGUGCCUGGUGCAGCAGCCACGGGAGCAGCUGGCAGAGCUGCAGGGCUGCAGCCACCGCUCGUGCCUGUGCUGCCUGCGCCAGUACCUGCGCAUCGAGAUCACGGAGAGCCGCGUUCAACUCAGUUGCCCCGAGUGCGCCGAGAGGCUGGCUCCCAGGCAGGUGGCACUCAUCCUGGACGAUGCCGCCCUGCUAGAGAAGUACGAGGAGUUCCUGCUUAGGCGCUGCCUCGCCUCAGACCCCGAUUGUCGGUGGUGCCCUGCCCCAGAUUGCGGGUUUGCAGUCAUCGCCUCAGGUUGUGCCAGCUGCCCCAGGCUGGUAUGUGGCAGGGAAGGGUGUGGAGCCGAGUUCUGCUACCACUGCAAGCAGCCCUGGCACCCCAACCAGACAUGUGAUUCAGCCCGGCAGCAGAGGGCACUGUCCCUGAGAACUCACAGCACCCACUCGCCCAGUUACACGGCAGAGCAGGGGCCCACUGAUGACAUCAAGCCCUGUCCACGAUGUGGCGCCUACAUCAUCAAGAUGAAUGACGGCAGCUGUAAUCACAUGACCUGUGCAGUGUGUGGCUGUGAGUUCUGCUGGCUGUGUAUGAAAGAAAUCUCCGACCUGCACUACCUCAGUCCAUCAGGUUGUACUUUCUGGGGGAAAAAGCCAUGGAGUCGUAAGAAGAAGAUUCUGUGGCAGCUGGGCACUUUGAUUGGUGCCCCAGUGGGCAUCACCCUGAUUGCUGGCAUCGCAGUGCCUGCCAUGGUUAUUGGCAUCCCUGUUUACGUAGGCCGCAAGAUAUAUGCCCACUAUGAGGGAAAGAAAACAACACUGCAGCAUAGGAGAAAUCUUGCCAUCACAGGGGGUGUGGCCCUGUCCAUCGUUACUGCCCCAGUCCUUGCAGCAGUCAGUGUGGGUAUUGGUGUGCCCAUCAUGUUGGCAUAUGUGUACGGGGUGGUGCCCAUCUCACUGUGCCGUGGUGGGGGCUGUGGUGUCAGUCGAGGGAAGGGCCGAGGUGUCAGGAUUGACUUUGAUGAGGAUGAUGGACCUAUUACAGUUGCUGAUGCAUGGAGAGCACUGAAGUCCCCCAGUCUUGGUGAAAGCAGCCUGGAGGGAGGGGCCAGUGGCCUCAGCACCACCUCCCCAAGUGAAGGCUUGUCCGUGGCCCCUGGAGUCCUGGGGGACGCCCCCCACUUUAACACACUGGCAGGAGGAGCUCUUGGUGCUAGAACAGGGAAAUACAGCAGGCUAGAGGUUCAAGCAGCUGAACUUGGAAAGGAGGGUGUACGGAGAGAGACCGGGAGCUUGGGGGCAGCCAGCGACUGUGCGAGCACUCGAGGGAUGGCAGGCUCCAUCACCUCCUCCUACACCCUGCCCGACAGGUGUGUGUGUGUGGGUGUGUGUGCGUCACCAGUGCACUCAGAUCCACCCGUUUUGUUUGUUUUUUUUGUUUUUUUGCAUCUUGCUUUAGUACAUUGUCAUACUUGGACUCCCCUCCCUACAUACACACUUUUUCACCUCUGCUUUCUUCCCUGUGUAACUCCUGUGUUCUAUGGAAUGUGUUUCAGGGAAGGCACAAACCUGGAAAUUCAAGUGGACAUUGAAACCAAGCCCAGCCAUCUGUGUCUAACUAGUGAAGAGGAUCUGGCGCCCCCCGUCACUGCCAUGGCACCUGGCUCAGGGGAGGAGCCUCAGGACUGCAGCUCUCACAGAGGUGGGGUUUUAUCCGGCUCAUCUCUGGGCCUGUCUCCAGGGGGAUCACUUAGGGAGGGGCUUCGUGAUGUCACCCUGGCUCAGCCGGAGAGCAUCCGCAGUGACCUGGAGAUGUCUGACACACAGUCAGACGACAUUGCAGAGCUCACGUCGGAUGAUUGUGACUCCCCUCAUCCUAAGUGCUCCCACCCCUCUCACCCACCUCAGCCCACCUGCCGAGCCUUGAACUCCACCGAUGGCCUGCACUGUCCCGAUAACGUCAUCCUUUAUGUGUGAGAGAUCUGUGAGCUCUCACAAUUGCACAGAUUGUUUUUGAUCAUUUAUUACUGCUUUUCCUGUUAUUUUGCUGCUUUUAAAAAAAAAUUAUUAAAACACCUUUUCAGGCAACUAGGUGGCAUGUGUCUGCCUGACCGUUGUUCUGUGUUCCUGUCUGUCUUGCCUGAAGUACUGAGGAAAUACUGUCGGGACUCUACCUCUACAACAAUUCAUACUGUUAGUUAUUCAUAGAAUUGUUUGUUUACUUAUUGGUGCAAAAAUGCCUUGGCUAUUUAAGUAAAAUUUAAAAAAAAAAAGAAAAUGUUAGUACCUAUGGAUUAUCAUUGCCACAAAAAUUCCUGUGUGAAAGGUUGAGUGGAGAAAAAUUAAUGUAAAAAAAAAAAACAUUUAAUAAAAUAUCACCAAGCAGACAACGAAAGUAUGUGGGUGCCUGUGGGCUGGGGUUUAGAUGGAGUAUAAUGUUUUCUAUGUAUGUUGGAGUGUGUAUUUUUAUUUAUAACUAAUCAACCUGAAAAUUGUUUGAUUUUCUGUAUGCAUGUGUAUGCAUGACCUACACCUGUAUGUGAGGACACAAGCAUAGUAUACAGUGGUUGCACUGACCAAGUUUCCUAGUUUGCACAGUAGUAAGGUGUACAUGGACCUGCACAGAGACUGGAGUACAGUGAAGGAGGGGAGUCAAUGGCAUAAGGAAGUGAUCACUUUACAUGCAGAAAGUUCCAUCGAAAUUACUGUCUUCCUGACUUUCCUGAGAGAGAGAGAGAGAGAGAGAGAGAGAGAGAGAGAGAGAGAGAGAGCGAAAGAAUAUAAAUAUGAAUCAAUAUCAAUAUCAAUACUAGGGCAUGAAAUCAGAUGCUCUUUGUUUUGUAACACAGCCCUGUAUUAUGGAUUCACUGCAGUGUGUCUGGGUUUAUGCAUUGCUAAGUAAUAGACUGAGUUGUAUGAAUGAGGAUUGUGCACUUUAUCACAGUAUUUGUCAUUGUUCUUCAAGGACAUCUCUCUCCUCUCUCUGUGUUAUGUAUAUGCUUGUGCUUACCAUCCAUAUCUUUAUUGGAUGAUGAAACUUUUAAUUAUAUCCCUCUUGGAUAACAAAGCAUUUGGGUAUAUAGCAUACAUUUUGUUAUGUCUUAGUGGAUGUGAUGGAAUACUGAAAAUCCUUUUAUGCUUUUUGGAUCUCAGAAGCUGCAUUUUUUUUUUGUUGUUGUUGUUGUUGUCUGUUUCCUCUCAGUUGUAUUUUAAUCCCUUGUAAUAUUAAUAAUGGAAAGUAUUGUGUGAUAAUAAAAACUGAGCAUCUUUUAAGAUAUCCACCUUGAAAA